AUGAUUAUUAGAGAAGAAUUUAAGAAAGAAUUUUAUGAUGUUAUAUCACAAAGACCAACAUGUGUUAUAUUUAAUACAGAUGUAGAUGCUUUGUGUUCUUUUAAGAUAUUAAAUACAUUAUUAAAAUUUGAUGAUAUAUCAAUAACAUUUAUUGCUGUUGAUAAUUUUUCUGAUUUACAAUCUUUAAUGAAAGAUUGUAUACAAGAAGGUGGUGCUAUACUUUUAAUUAAUUGUGGAGGUAAUAAAGAUUUAAACUCUAUUGAAACACCCAAUGAUACUAUUAUUUUUGUUCUUGAUUCAAGGCGUCCCAUCUCUUUAGAUAAUAUUUUUGGUCGUGAUUCAAUACGUGUAUUGCUCUCAGAAAGUGAUAUAGAUGAUUUACAAAUACCAUCUUAUAGUGAAAUUUGUGAUUAUUGUAGUAAUGAUGAAGAAGACAUUGAAAAUGAAGAGAGUGGUUAUGAACGAACUAUACGUCAUGAAAAUAAUGUUCGAAAAUAUCAACAAAAUCAAAGAUAUUUACUUGCAAAAUAUUACGAGUUUAGUUGGACAGGUAUUGGAUCAUCAGUAUUCAUGAUUGAACUUGCACAUUAUAUGGGAAAAUCAAAUAUUGAAUUAAUGUGGUGUGGUGUUGUAGGCCUAACAAGUCAAAUGGUUGAUAAGCUUAUUACACAAGAUGCAUUUACUAAUGCAUGUGUUGAUAGAUUGGCAAUGUUAAUAAAAAAAUUUACAAGUACUAAAACAGGAGAAUUAGAUAAAAGUGAUGAUAAAUUAAGGUUAACUUUUGAUAUUGAGUUAUUACUGCCAUUAUACAGACAUUGGAGUUUAAUAAAAAGUAUGUCACAGUCAGAAAAUUACAUUGCAAGAGCUAAGCUGUACACUCAAGGUGGACUUUUAAAAAUGAAACAUUUACUUGUUCAAUUAGGUAUUGAAUUAAAUGAAGUUAACCAAAAUUAUUCAACGUUGAAUGCUCAAAGAAGAAAAGAGAUAUUUGGAAUUUUAAUUGAAGAUCAAAAUAAAAGAUACAUUGGAUUCACAGCACAUUUUGGUUAUUAUACAAAGUAUUCUGCUAAUGAUUUUGCACGAAUACUUAGUAAUGAAAUAGCAAAAAAUGUAACAAAAGAAUCUGCUUGUAAAAGAAUUACUGGAGCUUGGUCAUUGUUAAGUAAUUUUAUUGAAGGUUUUACACAGAAAGAAAACAUUCCAAAAGCUAUUGAAGAUUAUAAGGUAUCGUUAGAAGCAGUAACUGAAUUGGCAUAUAAUUAUCUAAAUACAUCACAAUUAUUUGCUACCAAACAAUAUUGUAUCGUUCGACCUCAUACAACAUUGGAUCUUCAUUAUCUUUAUUCACUUCAUUUUUUUAAUAUUUUUGCUUCAUUAAUAAAGAAGUGUUACUUGGUAUCUAAGAAAAGUCGUAAUGUUCUUAAAAUUCCAAUUUUUUUUGAAAUUCCUGGUAUUGGUAAUAAUAUUGAAUUUGUCAGAAUAACUGGACAUAUGCCUAUAAGUACAACAAUUGGAGAUGAUGGAUAUAUAAAAAAUAGUGUUUCUUCAAUUUUUGAUAAUGUUAUUGAUCCAAAUUCUACUAAUAUGGGACGUAGAGAUUCAUUUGAUUCAAAUGUUGUCUAUGUAAAAACUGAACAAAGGCAGUCAUUUUAUGAAUCUAUUGGUAUUUUUAUUGAAACAAACUUUAAAUAA